CCUAUAUUAAUCUGCUCCAACCCCAGCAUCAGCACUACUCACUGACAAGCGGACCGCAGAGGCACGAGGACGACGGCUACAAAUGUUUAUCUUAGAUAUGUUUAGCUACUUUGGAAGAAAUAUUUUAAACUAAAAUUACUUAAUCGAAAAUAUAUCUGUGAUUAUUUUUUUCCUGCAGUUUUCCAUGUCCAAUGCGCAAGACGAUGGCCAUCUUUUGGUGUGUUUAGUUGAAAUCGUCUGCGACUGUGCGUUCAACUGCGGAGUUUUUAUUUGUUUUUUAUAUUAUUUGUGGUGGUUAAAUAAUUAUUUAUAACUUUGUUGUUCCCAUGCGGUUUUCGGUAGUUCGAACACGAUGUCCAAAGCCAUCAAAUGACUGAGAUUUGGAUUUUAUAGAACGCCUUUUGAUUUGGGACGUCAACGACUCGUGGUUGAAUUAUAGUUGUUUUUCAAAUUACAAUUUUUGUCAGGAUGCUCAAUUUAAUUGUUGGGAUUUUAUACCUGGUAAGUGGACGCACGGCGCGCGCCAACGAGGGUGCCACAGGUAGCCGCUUCGUCUGCAACGCAAUCCCCCCGGGAGCGGAACCAGGUUGCGGAUACGGCCCCACGGGGAACCGCGUUCAAAGCACGAGCCAGGUGGAGGACGAGUUGCGGAACACUAUCAUCCAGCUCCGUGAGACCAUACUGCUACAGAAGGAGACGAUCGUCAGCCAGCAGGGCACAAUCAAGGAGCUCAACUCCAAGCUUGCGCGCUGCGAAUCGUCCGCGGACGACACGUCACAGAGCAGAGCUCGGGGUCAGGGCUCCAGACGUAAGGAGUACGGCAAGAACACGAUGGGGGACCUGCCCCGUGACCCCAGCGAGACCAUAGACCAGUUGGGCAAGACCAUGCAGAGUCUCAAGGGUCGACUGGAGAGCUUGGAGCAGCAGCAACAGCAGCAGCUGCGUCUCCCUGGCAGCAACCUGUCAUUGACCAGCGGUGGUGGUGGCGGAGGUGGAGGUGGCGGGGGUCCAGUGGCAUCCCUGCCCCCCCUGGCCCCCCUGCCCACAGAGCUGCGAGAGGUGCUCCGCCAGCGGCUGGAGGUGUUAGAAGGCCAGCUGCUGAGAAAAGUGUCUGAGCUGGAGGAGGAGAAGAGUCAGCUCCUGAACGAGACGGCCGGCCACCGCCAGCGCACAGAGAGCAUGCUCAGCUCUCUGCUGGAGCGCAUCACCGAGCUGGAGAGAACCAACAACGCUUUCAAGUCGCCGGAGGACUUCAAGGUGUCCCUGUCAGUGCGCACCAACUACCUGUUCGGCCGCAUCAAAAAGAGCCUGCCAGAGAUGUACGCCUUCACCGUGUGCAUGUGGCUGAAGUCCAGCGCCAGCCCAGGUAUCGGCACCCCAUUCUCCUACGGCGUGCCGGGCCAGGCCAAUGAGAUUGUGCUCAUUGAGUGGGGGAACAACCCCAUUGAGCUGCUGGUGAACGAUAAGGUGGCCCAGCUGCCUCUGUCUGUAAGCGAUGGCCGCUGGCAUCACAUCUGCAUCACCUGGACAACCAGGGAUGGCUUCUGGGAAGCCUACCAGGAUGGAGAGCGGCUGGGCACAGGGGACAACCUGGCCCCCUGGCACCCAAUUAAGCCUGGAGGAGUCAUCAUCCUGGGCCAGGAGCAGGACAUUGUGGGCGGUCGCUUCGAUGCCACCCAGGCGUUCGUGGGCGAGAUGAGUCAGUUCAACAUGUGGGACCGGGUGCUGCGCCCCGGGGACAUCAUCGGCAUGGCCAAUUGCUCGGCCUACAUGCCCGGCAACGUCAUCCCCUGGGUGGACACCAAUGUUGAAGUGAUGGGCGGUGCCACCAAAGCACCCCUUGAGAUCUGCGAGGAGCGUGCAUUCGAUUCCUAAAAGAGGAGGGUGAUCAUGAUGAUGAUGACGAUGGUGUAAAGGUACUGUGAGAUGAAGUGGAACGGAAGCUCCAUUGAAAAAGAGUGAGGCCCUUUAAUAAAAAAGGGGGUUUUGUGUAGGGUGACACAGAGCUGUGAAAGCAGGGUCACGUGGUUUGGCUCGGCUGGGUCUAGGCGCACACCGUUUUCGGUCGAUAGAAUCCUAUAUUUUUUUGUGUGCAAAAUAUCCAAACCCACCAGGACUACGCUCCACUACUGGGGCCACUAUGAAGUCAUGUGAUCUUGCCUUUCCGUGUUUCACUACCUGUUUUGGAUGAGAUUACAUUUUAGAAAAUUAGAAGGGAAAGCUGAAACCCCAACUUCCCAUCCGCUUUCAUCCAUCCUCUGACGAACUGUGUAUGUAGUAACUAUGCAGUCUCAAAGUUUGGAUUUAUCCACUGUGACUAUUGGCUCCACACACACGUUUACCUUGCUUGGUGAGAUUGAUUGGGAGGGGAUAUCCUAGAUGAUUUGUAGGGGGAUGACAAAUAAGGACGCCUGUUAUUGAUAUUCAAAUGUCACUUUAUGCAUGUGUAGCCUGGGUUGGAUAAAAAUAUGUUUUCAAAAACGGCAGCGCAUGUUGUCUGUGAAUACGCACAAGCAUUUUGUGUGCUUGAAAUUAUGUAAGUGUGUGUGUGUGUGUGGGUGUGUGUUUCUGUGUGUCUGCACACACAUGUUGGAGUAAGUGCGUGGGAAUAAAUGUUAGUUUUUUUGUGACAGAGAGAGAGAGAGAGAGAGAGAGAGAGAGAGAGAGAGAGAGAGAGCGCGAGAGACAGAGCGAGAGAGCGCGAGAGAGAGAGAGAGCGAGAGAGAGAGAGAAUGACAUGCGUAUAAGCCUCGUUGCUGACGUAUCUCGUGAGGGAACAACAUCACCAUCCUAACUCCCUGAUUCUAGAUCAGCUGUUCGUCCCGAACCAGAUUUUGAAGAGAGACUAGAGACGCCUAGCUCAGGUAAAAUAAUCAAAUAAAUAAAUUACAAAAACAAUUUAAUAAGUUGUGGCUCAGGACGUUCAGCAGAGCCUGGAAGCAACCAAGGCAAGUGUCCAGACAGAGGUGGGCGGAGUCGGUCUGGGCCCUGGCGGAACACCCCUUUAAUUCCCUCCUCUAACAAAUAAUUAAUUUGAUGUGAGUCAGCAUGACUGGGAGCUGAUAUUCAUCAAGGACGACAGUGUGUUCUUCUUGUGUAAGUGCAGGCGCGCGCAAAACAAAAGCCAACAGAACGGGCCGAUGAUGACAAAGGCUUUACAAAAGUUUCAUUUUUGUAUAUUUGUUUGGGUUGUAUGGACACCAGGGAAGUCAUUCCAUGUCGUUGUGACUUCUGUCUUGAAGGAAGGUGGCCUUUCACAGCAUGGAUAUGAGAUGACUGAACAAGGAAAACUAUCUAAAGAACAACAAGACAUGGAAUCAAUGAGGGUUGGGUUGAUCGAACAGCGCAACGCAAGUGGUGGUGUUUUGUCAGACGGUUUACUUUAUUCUUUGAAUGUUGUGUAUUGAUGUUGCUUCUUCUGCCGCCCAUUUUCCAUUCAUAGUAUAACUUUGUUGACACCAAAAUGCCUGGUAGGGAAUCAUGAGAUUAAGGGACAUUUAAAAACAUUGAGACAGUGAUGAAUAGUACAGAUGGCUAUCAUUAAAGUAUAAUUCCUGCGAAAAUUUAACCCAGGGUGUAUUUUUCGUUGAUAAUUGAGUAUAGAGCUUGACCGCAAAUGCCCGGAGCAAUGAAACAGCCCAAAUGGCUUCCACGUUAUAAACGUAAAUAAUAUAAUAGAGGCACCAAAAGUUUUUAAAACAGCCAAUUAUCACCGGUAAGGCACAGACUUGAAAAAGUAUUUUUUAAUAAAUUCCUGGUACGUUCCCUAAGUUGUUGAUGAUUCGUUUUAUGUGUAGGGACCCUAGUCAUGCUACUGCAGAGGUUUUGAGCUAUUAUGAGCAAUAUUAGUGGUUAAAAAAAUGCAGAUUUGGAAGCGUUCGCAAUGCCCCUAGCCAAUAACAUGGAUCCAUUUGGGCUGUUACAUUGCUCCGGGCAUUCGCGGGCAAGCUCUAUGCUCGAUUUCAACGAAAGUGUCUGAAGGGCUUUUUUUAUGGGGCUUCAUGCCGAAAAAGACCCUGGGGUCAAUUUUUUCGCCGGAAUGACACUUUAAGAAAAAACAAGAUUGAAUGCGAGUGACAAAUGGACAGCAGUGAAUGUUAUGGAAAAGGGUGUUCACUCAGUUUAAGUCUUGUAACCUUUUAAAAGCAUCACACCUCACCACCAUUAGUCCUUUUCGGGAUCUAAUUGUUUGAAAAUGUAAAACUGGACACUUGCUUUUUCCUCGCAAAUUCUUAAUAAUUGCUUUCUGCUCAUUCUGCUUAUUAUAGCAAGGCCGUACAAAAAAAAUGGAAAAUGCAGAUGAAUUCGGCAGCAAUGCUUUGUCAAAACGGUGAAAUGCCUUUGUUUCUCCUGAGCACCAAAUGUGCAUUUGGUUUAGUUGGAAGACUCAAAACAUGUUGCUACUUUACUAAUCAAAGCAUUGCUGGCAGCAUUGAGUAAAUAAUGAAAACAAAACCUUAGAAACCUGUAUCAUCCUCGCUAUAUAAAUGCUACCUGUUCCUGUUUAUUUGCAUUAUGUUUCGCCUUGUAGCCAAAUGUCCUUUUUUUUUACCCAAUUAAAGUUUCAUGAAGGCAA